AUAUUAAAAAUAAGCUUCUUGAAUAUUUAAGCUUUCAUAAGUUUAAAUUAAGCAUUCCUAACCUUUGUGACUAUGUUCAUGAUGAAAUAUUUUCAAGCGUCGGAAUUGAAACAGGAAAAACUAUUAAUGUUGUAGAGUAUCAUCAUAGUUUUUUAGAUAGUAUGGCGCAGUAUAAGUUAUUAAUGCCAGAUUGGUCUGAUGAUUUAACACAACAAAUCAAUCCAGUUCUUCCUGCUGGAGAAAGGUUACAUAUACUAGUAAUGCAUGAUGAAUCAGUAUUUUAUGCAAAUGAUGGUCAAAGGGCAUUUUGGGCACCUAUUGGUAAACAAUCGUUACGUUCAAAAUCAGCUGGGGGUAGUAUAAUGCAACAAAAUAAUAGUCUUCUAUUUGAACAACAAAUUCCUACUGAAGCCUGUUGUAUUAUUCACCUUGGUAAUAAUCGUGAUGGUUACUGGACAAUUAGUGAUGUGGCACAGCAAUUAAAAAACAAGGCAAUUUCAAUAUUUGAAGCAAUGCACCCUGGUUGCGUAGCCGUUUUUGCUUUUGAUAAUAGCAGUAACCAUGCUGCAUUCGCUAAUAAUGCUUUAGUAGUUUCACAAAUGAAUUUCAAAUCUGAAAUGAAUUAUCCUGAUGGCACACCAAAAGAAAUGUAUCAAGUUCUUGAAGAAAGAGAACCAGAUUUUGUUAACCAAAAAUCACUUCUUGAAAAAAUUGUCGAAGAGGCAGGUCACAAAAUUAUUUUUUAUUCAAAAUUCCACUGUGAAUUGAAUUAUAUUGAGAGUUAUUGGGGUGCAGUAAAAGUUAAUACAUGUGCUAACUGUGAUUAUAGCUUUAAAUCUUUAAAAAAUAUUGUUCCAAUGGCUCUUGAUUCAGUUUCUUUAAUUCAAAUUCGAAAAUUUUCAAGGCGUUCACUACAUUAUAUGAGUGCAUAUAGACUAGGAUUAUCUGUAAAACAGGCUGCUUUUGCUGUUAAAAAAUAUAAAUCUCAUAGAAGAAUACCAAAUAAUAUACUAGAAGACCUGAAUAUUGAAUAA